AGUCUCUUAAAUGGAGUUAAAAUGCUCUUUCGUACUGGAAAAUUUGCAUUCUGUACUUCUAUAAAUUUAUAUGUUAAUGGGUUUAUCAGACGAACGCACCCGAUUUUAAUCAAAUCUAAGAGAUAUCAAUUUAGAAGCAUUAUUUACUCGAUUUAAAUCGCCCUUUUGUAAUCUGUCGACAGAUCAUUCAUUCUGUUCAACGUGAUAUCUUUAGUAUGAAGCUAACUGGUUCUUUGAAAAAUUUGCCCAAACUUCUACGCCCUGAGUUCAUACCUCAAUUUGUCCGCGAAACAAGUUAUGUGGAACAUCUCGAACCAGAGGAGUAUACUAUUGAUUGCAGCAGGUACCAGAGAAACCUCGCAUCGAACAAUGCGUUGAAAGCCAAAGUUACAGACAGGUUCAGAAGAGUGGGUUUCGUGUACUUGGUUAACACAGGUACCACUGACCCAUCUACUCUGCUUGCCCCCUUCAAACACAUCCUAGGAGUGGGAAACAAGUACGAUGGGGGAGCGAAUCCAAGAGACUACAUUGACCAGGAUGUCUACAACACUGGGGCUAUUCCUCAGCAAACUCUGCACUACCACCACGAGAUGCAGUACCUGCACGAGUCCAUCAGGUCCAUCGCCUUCUUCUGUCUGGGUAUGAGUGAGGGAGUGGACGGAUCCACCUACUUCUCAAACAACAUAGGCUAUACCAGAGACAUGGAGAGACGCCACAUCGGACAGAAGAUUAUCCAGAAGGGCACCUGUAUUGUGAGACGCUGGACUGAUCGGAACUAUUUCAAAGACAGACCUCUGGUCAACUACUACAACCACUGGCAGCAGUCCUUCCUCACCGAACAUAGGAAAGAGGUUGAGAUGAAACUCAACAAAUUUAACGUGAAAGAGAUAUCGUGGGAUCCUGAGACAGGGUUGUUGGAGGGCAAGUUCUACCCACCAGUGUACGAGUACUGUCCACAUAUAGACAGGAAUCUGCUCUACUCUACCAUAUCAGACCACGCCAUCUGGUUCGACACUGACGUCAAUAUCAGUGACAUACCUGACAACGACAGACCGCAUGUGAUGUACCUGGGAGACGGGAGUGAGUUUACUAAGGAGGAAGUGAUGGAAUGCAUUGAAGUGGCAGACAACCACGGACUGAAGAUCAACUGGAAGCCAGGGGAGGCUGCGCUGGCUUGCAACUACCGGUUCAUGCAUGGAAGAGCCGGAGUCAGCUUGAAACCCGGGCAGGAGCGGAAACUCGGAGUAACACUGGGAGAGAAGUUCGAACGAAUGGGGCCGCUUCCCGGAAAAUAUUAGGAAAAAGAGGACUGAAUCAGGGCUCUCAAAUCAGAGCUAUUUG